AUGGAAAAGUAUGAAAAAUUAGCUAAGAUUGGAGAAGGGUCUUAUGGAGUUGUAUUCAAAUGCAGAAACAAAACCUCUGGACAAAUAGUAGCUAUUAAAAAAUUUGUGGAAUCUGAAGAUGAUCCUGUUGUCAAGAGAAUAGCACUAAGAGAAAUACGUAUGUUGAAGCAAUUAAAACACCCAAACCUUGUGAACCUCAUUGAGGUGUUCAAGAGGAAAAGGAAAAUGCAUUUAGUUUUUGAAUACUGUGAUCAUACACUUUUAAAUGAACUGGAAAGAAACCCAAAUGGCAUUACUGAUGGAGUGAUCAAAAGUGUAUUAUGGCAAACACUACAAGCGCUUAAUUUCUGUCAUAAACAUAACUGUAUUCACAGAGAUGUAAAACCUGAAAAUAUUCUAAUAACUAAACAAGGAAUAAUCAAGAUCUGUGACUUUGGGUUUGCACGAAUUCUGAUUCCAGGAGAUGCCUACACUGAUUACGUUGCUACAAGAUGGUACCGAGCCCCUGAACUUCUUGUGGGAGAUACCCAGUAUGGUUCUUCAGUCGACAUCUGGGCUAUUGGUUGUGUUUUUGCAGAGCUCCUGACAGGCCAGCCACUCUGGCCUGGAAAAUCAGAUGUGGACCAACUUUAUCUGAUAAUCAGAACACUGGGAAAACUAAUCCCAAGACAUCAAUCUAUCUUUAAAAGUAACCAGUUUUUCCACGGUAUCAGUAUACCUGAACCAGAAGACAUGGAAACUCUAGAGGAAAAAUUCUUAGCUGUUCAUUCUGUGGCUUUGAAUUUCAUGAAGGGGUGUCUGAAGAUGAAUCCAGAUGACAGAUUAACCUGUGCCCAACUCCUGGAGAGCUCCUACUUUGAUUCUUUUCAAGAGGACCAAAUUAAAAGAAAAGCACGUACUGAGGGAAGAAACAGAAGACGUCAGCAGGCACCUAAAUCUGCCUUUCCUAGGCUUUUCUUCGAAACCAAGGACAAGCUCUGCCAGAUGCAAAAGGAUGAAAUCCAGACAUCUGGGAACCAAAUCCUAUCCUAA